AUGCCUCCAACCGAACGAUCGAAGAAGAAAAGUCUUCGAGCAUGUGAACGGUGUCGGUCGAUGAAAUGGAGGAGGUUAGAGUCUCCUCCCGGGCGGUAUGUGACCUCUGCAGGCGCGGGGCAUCAGGUCCAGCCUCCAUUGAUAAGAAGUGAAGCUGUGGCAUUUUCCCCGACUCCCAGUGCAACGCCAUACCUGCCGCCGGAUGACCAGCGAACAGUUGGAUGGCAGACAACAGCCCACGACUCUCCUACACGUAAUGAUGGCAGAAGGGUUGACACUGGGGAGAGGCAAGAAUGCCAUGACUCGGAAUUUUCAAAAAAUCCAUUGGUGGACAAAGAGGAAUGGACCUUUGCUGCAACUCCAGACGGCCGAUAUUGGUAUAUGGGCCCGUCAUCCUCAUGGUCCUUCUGUCGUCGCGUCCUGGCCCUGUUAGGGAAGCGAGUUCCUGAAUCGAACUCUCCACCAGCUCCAUGGCAUCUGGAUGGCAUGGCAUUCAAGUUGCAAUGGAAGCAAGUAGCCCCCGAAGAAUUGCCUGAUGUCACCAAUCUACCGCCCCUAGAUUACGCGCUUUUUCUUUACAAUGCCGCCAAGUAUUAUCUCGCUUCUUUAUCCUUCCUGAUUGAUGAGACACUAUUCCUUCAAGAGUUGCACGAAUUUUACCGGGAUCCAGCAGCGAAGGCUGCCUCACCCUGCAUAACUCAAAGAAAUCCAUCUGGGUCUCCUGCUGGCCACCAGUAUGCAUCAAGCGCGAUGGCUUUAUUGCCAGAUUUGUCGGGCAUACACGAGGACCCUUUGACCUCGAUUCAAGCUUUGAGCCUAGCAGCAUUACAUGUACCGGAAGAGCUAGGUGGACCAGAAUUUUCCCAUCGCUGUCGGACUGUCUUUUGGGUAGUAUACAUGCUGGAUAGAGAGUUCUCUGCAUUGAUGGGGGGACCAAACUCUAUUCGCGACGAGGAUAUCACGGUGAGAUUACCUGCAGAUGUGGCUUCAACCGUAGAAAAUACCAACUUGACGUUGCAUGUUCGGCUUGCGCGCCUCAUGGCGCAAAUAUUGACAACUGAUCUCUCUCACGCUAUCACGGAAUUUCUGGAUAACAGUUUUCAUGGCAUGGUUGGCCGAGGCUCGAAGAUGGCAGUUAGACUGAUGCUAGCCCAACAUCAUUGUGUGGUUCUGACAACACGGCCGUUGGUUAUGUGUGCUCUCAAUAUGCACAUAGAUAGUGCAGAGAGACAGCCGUCGCAAAGCAUUUGCCUGUCGCCGCCCGUGGCAUCUCUCUUGCAAUGCUGCGCCGAUUCUGCACAGACCAUCCUUCAAACCCUUCGAUCAUUAGCUGACGAUGACUUGAUGGACGCAUUUUUACCGUUCCAAGUCGAGCACGCUUCUUCAUCUGCCUUUGUUUUGUACUUGAUCCGCUCAAUCGCACCCUCACUCAUUGCGAAUGAGUCCUGGUGUGAUAACCUUGACUGUGUUAUCGAAAAACUCAUCACAAAGGGCAACCUAGCGGCACCAUUCCGGAAGUUGGAACUGAAGCAUCUGGACCUUAUGCUGACACCGUUAACACCGAGAUCUGCAAGCCAUACAAUGCUUCCAGUAACUUCAGAUGAGAUCCAAGAUAACAAUGAUGAUACAUAUACACUGGACCAGGUGGACAUAGGAGAUGAAGUUGCGUGGGAUUUAAAUAAAAAUCUGAUCAUUUCCUCCAAUCUGCCUGGCUUGCAAUUCGAUAGGGAACCACUGUUGCUGUAUAGUGGAAACGCUCAGUUCAGCGCGGAAAGAAAGAUAAAGGACACUUGA